UUCCAUGGAGGCAUUGUUGGCAAAGCUUCACACUCUGGACAACCACUCAGCCCUCUAUAUCCUGCAUUCUCUGACUCCUUUGGCUCAGUUUGAAGAACGCAGGAUAUUAGAUUUAUUACAGCAACUGCCAAAUUUACCAGAAGCAGAGGGUGAUGGGGCAGUUGGCACUCUCAGCCCUGUUGUACAAAGAAACAUAGUUUUGUUCCAGGGGUUCUGUGCCAUGAAGUAUGCCAUCUAUGCACUCUGUGUGAAUGCACAUAAAUACUCAAACUGCACCAAGUGUGAUCCCAUGCAGCAGUACCAGCCCUUUGAUGCAGAAAAGGACCAAAAUAAAACCUCAGCUUCCUUAGAAGAUUGCCAUUUGGUGUUUCAACACUACCUGUCUGAGUGUCAGCUCUAUCUGGAGGCAGUGCCAGCCAUGUUCCGCUUGGAGCUCCUGGAAAAUAUCUUUUCUCUCCUCUUUCUGUCCACCAGUGACUUUGCUCAGCAGAGUCAAAAAGAUGCAAACUCAAAUCAGAAUGUAGGGAAUGACACUUGCUUUCCGAAUACAGGAAACAAAAAUACAGAUUCAGAAAACAAAGGACAGAUGGAUAACACUGAGGAGAGAAAAAAGGGGAAUCAAAAGCUAUGUUCAAGUCCAACAGCAGACUCUAGUCACCUGGACCUCGGACACUUUAUCCAGGGCUGCAAGGGGUUUCUGGUUGAUGUGACUGGCAUGGAGGGGUUUUUAAAGCUGUUGAAGGAAGGACUGGAGGGAAUGUGUGUGGUGGGUCAGCAGGAUGGACAGGAGGAAGGAAGAGCAUUGCCUCGAGAAGCAGAGGCAGCAGCAACUUUGGGCUGCUCGGUGACUGCUGAGUCAUUUGGGUCACGCUUGCAGAGGUUGACCAAACGCACUGCAGAGGCUCAGUGGAGGCUGCAGAUUAUUACCAGCAACCAGAGAACUGGAAAUGGUUCAGAAAGUCCUCUUACAACGUCAACAGUAGGCUGCACUGUCACUCCUCUGGGACCCCGCAAGAGCUCGAGCCUGAGGAGGCGAAGGAAACCAGGAAGGCAUACCAUAGAGAGACACUCCUCCACAGAAAAACACAAUGGAGAGGUCAGCACAAGCACAUCAGAUGGUGGAGGAGGAAUGACAACAGGCUCUGUGGAAGUGGAGUUUUGUCCAUGUGGAGGUCCCCACAGUUGGCUGGUUCCUGCCAUGUUGUCCCCUCCAGAGUCUCUGCUAAUGUCCUGCAUCCGACGAGGAAACUUCAUGGAAGCUCACCAGGUGUCUGUGGUUUUUGAUCUGGAAGCAUCUGCCUGUUGUGGCGAGCUGGUGUUCAUGGAGCGCUACAAAGAAGUCCUGGUGGAGUUGGCACAGGUGGAGCAAAAGAUGGAGAGUCAAUCCAUGUCUUCAUCCUCAUCCUCAUCAGAGGGCUUGGGGACAGCAGCUGGGUCAGGGACAGGGAGGAGUCGGCUGGGCAGUAGUGGCCGAUCGACACUGCAGGCCAUUGGAAGCGCUGCUGCUGCAGGAGUGGCUUUCUACUCCAUCUCAGACAUAGCAGACCGUCUCCUCAGCACCCAUGCUCACAAACUGCCCUCACUGGAGGAAGGCUACUGGCUAAGUCAGUGCUCAUCAGAUGCCUCUGGCCUUCUUUACACAUUGCUGGAGGAGCUCAGUCCAGCAGCCAUGGCUGCUUUUGACCUGGCGUGUUGCCACUGUCAGCUCUGGAAGACGUCUCGACAGCUGCUGGACACAGCUGAACGCAGACUCAACAGCAGCCUGGAGGGUCGAGGAGUAAUAGUUGACCUUAAAGUGCCUCAUUCUGAGGGGAUCUGUGGAUUUCCCAUGGUAUUACAACAGAUCAACAAAAUCCUAAAUCAUUCAAACGCCAGUAAAAGUUCUAUAAAAACAGAAGCUGUUGGGGAAGACCAGGUGUUUGCCGGCCCAUUUGGUUGCUGCAUCCAGGAAGUACUGCUCUGUUGCUAUCCAACACUGAGUGAAGAAUUUAUUUCUGCUCGGCUUAGUCUGGUGCAGCGUUUGGAAAACACUUUGCACAAUCUGAGUGCUGCUACAGAUGGCACAGAGGGCAGUGUGGGGAGCGCUCUACUGGCACUUCUGGUGGAGCAGGCCAGUCUGAAGCAGUCAGAACUAGAUGUUCAUCCGGUGCGCUCCAGCAUGAAGCAGCUACUUCGUUCUCUUGACAGCCUCUGUCCCUUCGAGCCAGAUAGAGACCUUAGCAGGCCAGAUUAUGUGCGCAGUUUCUUUGACUACAUCAACACACUAGCAUCUGUGUUAGUGCGUAGCCUCAGUUCAGAAGACCAGAACACUGAAGUGAAGCUUGGGAACCCACUGCUAGUGUUGCUUCAAGCCCCAUUUCAACUUCUCUCUCACCUGCUGUUUGACCGACAAGUAUCUCCUGACAAAGUACUGUCCUUGCUGGAACAGGAAGGGCUGCGACUGAGCAUCCAAAAAGUGAUUGUUCAGCGAUGCUGUGAGGCUCUUCCUCUGUGGAUCUCCUGUCCAGAUGAUGGAAAAGAGUCAGAUGAGGACAAGAAAGAAGAUGGUGUGUUUGGUAUUGCUGCAUUGUCUAACCUACUCCAAUGCCAUGCUCAGGCUCACAUGACAAUCCUGGGACUUGCCGAGUCUCAGUCUGAUGUGAGCUCCGAGUCUGACGCCUCAGUGGAGGAUCAUUCUUCUACACCCACACACCUCUCCACAUCUCCACCCUCGUCUUCAUCAUCCUCGUCUUCUUCCUCCUUGAAUUCUUUUCUUCUCACACCAUCGGCUCUGUCUUUCCUUAAGUCUCGCUCCCCUUUACUGGCCACACUGACAUGUUUAAGCGCCUGUAAAGGAGAAACUGCCCGGACACAAUCUUCUGGAUGGUCUGGAUAUUUCCGCAGCGGACGUAAAGAAGUUGUCUUAGAUGGUGAGCAGAUUUCUCGUGAAGCUGAUAACCUCCUGAGGGAGUUCCCUAUUCUCCAAACUUACCUUCACACCAUGGCUGAACCAGUGCUGGGCAUGUCAUUAAGCGAGAAUGAGGAAAGCUCCGUUGGAUUUGGGGCAGUUGUCUGCGGGAAACCACUCAUCAGUCUCCUGCUGUCUGGGCCGCAAGAACUUGCUGCUCAGGGUGUUGCUGCUGACGCCUUCCAGAAGGCUCUUGCCUCCAGAGACCUGAGCCGAGCCCUCAGUCUGCUGGAGCUCUAUGGGCAGAGUUGCAGCCAGGAGGGGGCACUAAGAGACCGCUUGCUUGCAUGUGCUGCUUUAGAAGAUGGAGAUGAAGGUAUAGGUCAUCUGUUCAGAGUACAGGAUCCUAAUCUGCGAGCCCGAGUUGCCCUCCAGGCUCUGGAGCGGUGGCCACUGUUGGCCUGCCUGGAGCUGCUCGAGUUUUGCCUUAAUGACCCGAGCACAGAGACCUCACUGAAAACAGAUCUAGAGCUCAAGAAGAAAGAACUGGACCUUUACCACCAGAUGUUGAAUUUACAGCCUUCGUUGCCCUGGGGCACUUGGCAGGAGCUGAGAAAUGAAUCCAAGACAAACUCUGAGUCGGUGUUAUCUAUGAUACUCGAGGCAAAGGAAUUUCAUCUUUGUGCACAGUGGACAGAGCUGUAUCCUGUCUCAGAUCAGCUGAGACUGCAGCUGCAAACUGAGCAUUUGCUUCAUCUACUGGAAAAGGAACAGACAAAUGAGGCUUUUCAGUUACUCGACGGGCUCUCAGAUUUUGCAGCUGGUCUAGAUGUUUGUGAGCGUGCCCUCGAUCGUCGCCCUGGACUGGAUGCAUGCCACUUCCUGGCAGACUACCUCACCCUGCAUUUCCAGAGGCAGGUGUCUCCUGCACGUCGCCGAUACAUCCACGCGCUUCAUCUAGGCUCUAAGGUGUUGCUGACUCUGCCUCUAGCUGCCAGGCAGGACUACUUCCCCUUGCUGUCAGAUCCACUGCUCAUGCUCGAGCAGCUGUUGAUGAAUCUGAAGGUAGACUGGGCUGAUGUGGCAGUGCGGACCCUGCGAAGCUUGUUGGUUGGCCAGGAGGCUGGCUUCAGCGCUGAGGACAUUGAUACGCUUCUAGCAGACUACGCCGGCAAGGCUCUCGACUUCUCCUGCGCCCCCAGAGAGAGGGCUCGAUCUGAUUCUGUAAUCAGUCUUCAGGAAGCGCUAAUACAGUGUCCUGCUCAAGACGGCUCGCUCUCUUCCAGUCGAGUUGAAUCGCCAGCACCCUCCAGAUGCAGUACCCCUACACACUCAGCCUCGGGAAGCAGCACAGACAGAGAGAAGGAUCGUGGUUCAGCAGGGAAAAAACGUCACUCACCUGCAAAGUUCCAGCCUCCAGAUCAACCCCCAGCCCGCAAAGAUUGGGUCCCAGACACCCAGCAGCAUGUGUGCAUGGUUUGCAAGCGUGAGAGGUUCACCAUGUUCAACAGACGUCAUCAUUGUCGGAGAUGUGGCCGUCUUGUUUGUAAUGCGUGUUCGGAAAAGAAGAUGCCUGUUGACGGCUGUCCAGGAGAGGAAGUCAGAGUCUGUGAUCAGUGUUACACCUACUUUCACCCAGAUACCGAUGAUGAGUGGGAACCUGCUGAAGCAGUGGAUGGUAGCCCUGUGGUCACAGAGCAGUUUCCCCUCGAUGGGAUGCUGCAUCUGCCUGAAGUGGUCCAUCGACAGUUCCUCCUCAGCACAAACCCUGCACAGAACCAGCAUCUGCGGAACGAGUUCUACUAUGAACAGGCUCCCAGUGCAUACCUCUGCGUGGCCAUUUUAUCUCUGCAUAGUGACCAAACCGCCUGUGGUCAUCAGCUCAUCAGCCACUGCCGCUCCUUGUCUCGUAAACUGACCAAUCCAGAGGUAGAUGCCUGCCUGCUCACUGACAUCAUGCGGCGGCUGUUGUUCAGUGCCAAGUUGAUGUUUGUUAAAGUAGGCCGCAGCCAUGACCUCGCCUUAUGUGACAGUUACAUCAGUAAAGUGGAUGUGCUUAAAAUUCUGGUGACAGCCAAUUACAAAUAUGUUCCCUCUCUGGAUGACAUUUUGGAGACCUCCGCUGUCACACGGCUCCGCAAUCAGCUCCUAGAAGCAGAACACUACCAGCUAGCUGUGGAGGUGUCAACCAAGAGUGGUCUUGACCCUGGUGGUGUGUGGCAGGCAUGGGGAAUGGCAUCUCUGAAGGCAGGAAAUCUUUCAGGGGCACGGGAGAAAUUUGCUCGCUGCCUGAAGCCCCCAGUGGACCGCAACCAGCUCAACUCGGGUCCCUUAUUAUUACAGGAGAUUGUCCAGCACCUGGAAACCAUGGUGCGGCCCUCUCUGGCUAUGUCUUAUGGUGAAGACAUAUUGGCAUCCCUGCGGGAGCUAGAGAACUCUCUGUGUGAAGUCAAUCCUGUGGAGCGACCGGAGGGGCUGAUGCAGAACAGUGUUCUCCACCAGGAAUGUCUCUACUACCUGAAUACAUACGGCACUCACCUGGGACUGAUCAGCUUCUAUAUGCGUCAUGAUUAUGUAACAGAGGCUCUGGCAUACCUUCUUAAAAGGGAGUGUCCAGAGGAAGUAUUUCUAGAGGGUGUGUUGCAGCCCAGUCUGGAACGGGGCCAUCUGAGCAAGCUCCAGGGAAUACUGCAAAAGCAGGACCCCAGCCUGGAGACAUGCAGCCGGUACCUCAUUGCUUCCUGCCAGUUUCUUCAGCGACGGGGACACUAUCACUCUCUCUACCAGUUUCAGCAGUUCAUGACGGAUCACGUGCGUGCAGCCAUGACCUGUAUUCGAUUCUUCACACAUCGAGCCAGUUCAUACCUACAGCUGGGAGAAAAACAGCGUUGGUUGGUCAGAGCCAAAGAGCACCUAAGGACGUACUUGCAGGAGCAGCAAGGUCGGGGUUCUGGGAGGAGACGGUCACACCCCAACUCUUUCAGGAAGAUGAUGUCAUCCAGUGAUGUGUCCAGGCACAUGAAUACGAUUGAGCUCCAGCUGGAGGUAACCCGUUUUCUCCAUCGCUGUGAGAAUGCAGCAUCCUCCAAGGCCCCGCAGACCAAUCCCUCUGCACCCAGUUCACUGCCUACGCUCUUUGGAGGAAGCCCUAUGAAAGUAGAAGUUGCCUGCAAGGUGAUGCUUGGAGGAAAAAACAUAGAAGAAGGAUUCGGCAUUGCUUACAGAGUCAUACAGGACUUCCAGUUGGAGGCUCAGGCUGUUUAUGUGCGAGCUGGACAGUGGCUCAUCCGACGCAAGCAGUACGCGUCCGUGCGGCAGCUGCUCAAAUGUGUGGGCGAAUCAGGCACUGCCACUAAAAACGACUGUGACGCCCUCAUCCUCAACUACAUCUCCUGUGCAGAGAAAGGACCAGCUGAUGCCAAGGAGCUGGAAAGUCUCAUUCUGGAGAUAAAAAGCACAGAAAGCAAGAUCAAAGCCUUCCUGAUGUGCAGUAAGCUAAGGCCGGCGUACCUGCUGGCAGUGAAGCUGGAGACAAGCCAGGCAGGCCCGUUGGUCCAGGAUGUCCUUCAGGCCGCUGAAGAAGCACAGGACUCAGUAAUGCAGAAUAUCUGCCGCCAGUGGCUGGCUGAACACAACAAGUCAUCUCAACCGCGUCAGGGGCGCACCAGGUAAAGGUACAGUGGGCAUAACAAGGGAUUGCACAGAGAGCACACAGAUAAGCCCCCAUUAAGGACAAAUGAGAGCAUUCAACUUUUUGGGAAGGUGAAAGAUUAACUUAUGUAACUGAUAUACAGAGCUUAUCACAUUUGCCAUUUUACUAAAGAGUCCUCUUAUUAGAUUUUUGGCUCCAGAUUUGCCCUGCUAACACUUCAGCAUACACUUUUAGAUGAUGCAUUGCAUUUUGUGUAAAUGUACCAGUACUUCACACUAAAAAUUUAGUUGGACAUUAUUUAUAUUAUCAAUUAAUUAAUAUUGUACUAGACCCUUACUAUCACUCUAAUGUGUGUUGCUAUUGAGUUGGCAUGGGACAGUGGAGUCUCAAUGUGGAGGAAAUGCGAGUUAAACCUGGAACAGAUCUGAAAAAUGUGUAAGAACUGGGUUCUUUUAAAACCCUGAUAUCAGCUUCACUCUUUGGUUGAGUGACCUUUAUGCCACUGCAAAACAAACGGAUCACCACUGUGCUUUAUUGCCAUUCUGGAAAUAUUUUUGCUGGCUUUUUUUGUUCAUCUGCACAGUAUUUGUGAGGGAAAAAAGUUACUGCAUUUGAGCGCAACCGGUGUUACACAACAGAACUGCUAACUGUUGCUAAUAGGUACAGUUACACCCUUGAAAUAUAAACGUAUUCAUGGUAAAUCUGUAUAUGUUUAAUAUUUGUUUCCUACCUCAGCCUAAAGGGAAAAUAUAUUGACUAGAAGGCCACUGACAAAUUUAUUACCUGUAGGUAUCUGUGUGUAGGUGAGCUUUUUACUUAUAAUGAGGUGUCGUCUGCCAAGAAGUUAAAUGUUUCAAAACUGUCUUGUUUUUGUAACCAUAAGGAAGAUGUUUACGUGUUGUACAUGUGAAGCACAUUUUGUGGCCAGCUUUCAGUGCAAGUUUCUUUUUGAUUAAAAAAUAAUAAUAAUAAUAAUGAUAACAUUGAAAUAUUGGAGGGCAUUUUGUUUGCUUUGUUUCCAAGAAUUCAGGUCUCUUGUUCGUUAAUUUGUGUUUUGGUAAUAAUUAUCCCGAGGGCGGCAGAUUGUAAAUUAUGCUUUUUGCUUCGUUCUCACGGUAGAUGUGAACGAUAGAUGUCUCAACAAUUUAAAUUCCUAAAGACUGACAUAUACAGAUGAGUUGAACAAUGUUUGAAAAAGGGAUUGUACUGUUGCCAGAUAUUUUCUUUUGAUAUGUAUUUUUCCCCUUUUGAUUUCACAAAUCUGCAACCUGGAGAAAGAAAAAGAGCAACUGUGAUGUUCUUAUAGCACCACAAACGCAAUUUUUGGAUAAUGUGACAAUCACCCAAAUUGCUCAAGCUGCCUUUCAUGUGUUCUUUGAAACUGUUCUGAUUACAUGGUGAUGUGGUGAAGUGUGUCUUCAUUUAGAUCUGACACUGUGGUGUCUGUUUGCCUUGCUUCGCUCUGCUGCACUAGUCAGAAGACUAAAACCAGUUUCCUGUUAUUGUGAGUGUGUCAAGACAAUUUAGACUUGAGAGCCACUCUCAUUCUCCCUGAUUCUGACUGUUGUCUCAUCACUGCCGCACUUUAUAAAUAAUAAUAUCAAAUAUUUUGAAAAAUUUGAAGGUAUAUAAUAUGGUAACUGCUUUAAUGAAUCAGGGACUAAUGGUUCAAAAAUAUAAGUUGUUUUGCCAUCCCUUAUUAAAUAAAAUAAAAUAUGUAACACUGGA